GGGAUGAGGUAAUGCGGGGCUCCGAUUGGUCCGGGGGGCGGGACCCCAAGAGCCGAAGAGGGGCGCUAGCGCCGCUAUAACUCCCCGCGGCUGCCCGGAGGAGCCCAGCAAGGGAAAGCGACGCGUCGGGAGUUGUGCGGAACGCGAGCCCGAGUUUUCCACGCACCUCCCCAGCGGCCGACAAGUCCGACGGGAAGGCAGCGCUGGGCAGUCCCUCGGGCAGGGGGGCGAGCCUCGGGAGGCUGCAGAAGCCGCCGCGCUUUGGGUUUUGCCAGCGACCUUCCUCCUCCUCCUCCUCCUCCUCCCUUUGCCUUCCCUUUCUUUGCAGAGCUCUCGAGCAGGAGCAUCUGGCAGCAUGUCUGGGUGGGUGCUGAGCCUCUUGGCGCUGCUGGGCAGCUGGAGUUUGAGCGACCUGGCGGCGGAAGCCUGCACCUGCGUCCCCAUUCACCCCCAAGAUGCUUUCUGCAACUCGGACAUCGUUAUCCGAGCCAAAGUAGUGGGCAAGAAGCUUAUGAAAGAUGGACCUUUUGGAACAAUGCGAUAUACUGUCAAACAAAUGAAGAUGUACAGAGGUUUUGAAAAGAUGCCACAUGUUCAGUACAUCUACACAGAGGCCUCUGAAAGUCUUUGCGGGGUCAAGCUUGAAGUCAACAAGUACCAGUAUAUGAUUACAGGCCGAGUAUACGAUGGAAAGGUCUACACUGGGCUGUGCAACUUAAAUGAGAAAUGGGAUCAGCUGACCCUAGCCCAACGCAAAGGACUGAACCAUCGUUAUAACCAAGGCUGUGGCUGCAAGAUCAAGCCCUGCUACUACCUUCCCUGUUUUGUGACCUCCAAGAAUGAAUGCUUGUGGACGGACAUGCUCUCCAACUUUGGCCUUUCAGGGUCCCAGUCAAAGUAUUUUGCCUGCAUCCAGCAGAAGGAAGGCUAUUGCAGUUGGUACAGAUCAUGGGCACCUCCUGAUAAGACCAUCAUCAAUGCGACAGACCCCUGAACACCCAACCCCUUUUCUUAUUUCUUCUGUCCCAUGUGGCUGAGCGUUCUUUGGACACUAACUUGUAUCAGAUCAUGAUGAAAACUAUGAUAUUAGUGCCUGUUUCUUGCAAAUUUUAGCACUUCAAACUUUUUUUUAAAAAAAAACCUUUCCUGUCUUAAUUGAUUAUUUGUUGUUUUAAAUCACUUUUUUUUUAAAAAAAAGAAUUGCUAUCACCCCUUUUGUUCAGAAAAUGUUUGUCUGGGAAUUUGUGUUUACAUACCAGAUAAAUAAGGGAGUACUUGCUCUCCAUUAUAUAUCAUUAUAUAUAUAGCAAUACAAUCUAUAUUUUUGUAGGAAAACAAAAAUCUCAAAAAUUUCCUAGCUGGGUUUUUGAAUCACAGUUCCAAUACUUUCUUCUUGCUUCCUAAACUGCUUCUUCAUUUAUGCAUUCAGCAUGUAGACAAAAUGAAACCAGUCAGGAUUAAAAAUUGAGAACAAGCUGCAUGCCUGAGGGAGGAUGAGAAAAUUAUGAUGUUUGUACUGGAUGGAGCAGUGAGAGAAUCCAGUUGACAUGUAGUUAGAAGCACUAUGUCAAAACACCUGCCAUGUGCCAAAUGCGUUCCAUGGUAGCUCUGGAUUUGCACAGAGCAUAAACAAUAGCUAUUUAAAAACCAGCUCCAAUUAAUGGAGAUAAUCUCUCUUCUAGUCCCAUUGAGAACCAAAUCAGCUCUACACUUUUUUGUGUUUCGGUCUGGCUGUAGAGUUGCCCUUCAAACAAAUAGAAAAGCUAAAAUAAAUGUAAACAAAUUAAUACAAAAUAAAAUAAACAUACAGAUAUCUGGAUUCGGGGACAAGGAGAGCAGCAGAGAAAGGGGAUAAAAGAUGACAAUUAGGGCUAAGAAAUUAGCUGCCAAAAUAGUGUUUUACUGAACUAAGAUGUAUAUAGAUAUGAUGACAUAAGCUAUUUUUGACAGGACAUGGAACUGUUUCAUGCUAUAAGCAAUGAAAGGUUUGAUUCUUUUGCUUAAAAGGAGCGAUCAUACAUUCCAAGUCACUGCUUAUUAUUUUAUUCUUGUUUAACUCUAAAAGAUGUUGGAAUGUCAGUGUUUCUACACUAGUGAUAAUAAUCUGUGUUUAUUCGCCACACUAUGUGUUUUCCUUCCCCCACUCUACUUUCAGUCACACAACUGUUUUUGAGAUUGAAGGGUCGCCAUGCCAUUGACAAUGCCCCGGUCGAUAUUCACCCAACAAAAGAAUGAAUUAGAAAAUCAGUAUUCAAGUGAUGAAAUGGUCUUGUGAAAAGGCCUCAAGAUGGCAGGCUAACCAAACACACUGGAAAACAUCCAGUUUCUUGGACUUUUAGGAGAAUGGUAAAAGUUGUAUCACAUAGGGGUUGGGUGAGGGCACUGGUGUCUUUUCAUAAUAUUACAUUGUCAGGUGACUACUGGGAGGGGAAUAGUUACCCUCUGGUAAUUUCCCCUCAGAACUGGUUUGUAUCAGAACGCACAGUGAAAGCAACAGAAACUGCACAGACAAGAUGGGGAGAGAAUUUAUAAACUCAUUUCUACAUACUCAGAAGAAUGCAUUUCUUAAAGCUCUAGGUCUGGAUGAGCUAAAGGAUCAUUUCUGAGGGAUAAUGUGAUGGACUCCUUCAGACAUGCUUAAGCAGAUCAGUGGUCAAAGACUUCGUAUGCGUUCUGGCAGCAUGGAUUUAUGAGCAGGCUGUCCCAUCUUUUCUGUAGACUGAAUGAUUUGUUUGUUUUUAUAAUGGAAAAAUAUAAUAUAAAAAUCUCUUAAUAAAAAAUAAAACGUAUUUUACACUUUAA